AUGGACGUACAUGAUGGAAGCAUAAGGAACUUACUUAAUGCUAACAAUAACUUACCAGGAACUAUUAAAGCAUUUAUAAAGUCCUUUGUAAAACCUGGUGCUCUAACAUUUAGGUCUUUGAGAGCAAGAGCAUUGAAGUCAAGAGAUGCAGAAACUCCAACAGAAACUCCAGAAGAACCACCAAAACCAACAGCUAAUGAAAUAUUGUUCGAAUAUUUUCCAAGGUACUCUGUUCUCAUUGCAUACAUUCAAGAAAUACUUAAGAAAGCAGACUUGACUUUAGGAGAUGAUGAAAGUUCUGUAUAUCUUUCGUUCCAGUUUCAAAUAGCAGAACUUUUGAGACAGAUAUGCUUAAUGUAUGACAACAUCUCUGAUUUCACAAGAUAUGAUGACGACCAUGAUCCCGAACACGGUGAAGAAGAAGUUUUACAAACAUCCAUUAAGACAGGAAAGGUUUUAACUCAAAGUCUCAUUAUUGACACCAAAGAUGGCGAAGUGGACGUUCUUCAAGAGCUGAAGAAAAAUACUUCUUCGGGAGGUGGUGGUAGGCAUGAAUUUGAAAUAAAUGAGAUAGAAGAGAAAUUAGCCGAAAAAGCAGAUAAAAACCAUGUUCAUUAUAUAAGUUCAGACGAACAGAUUAUAACGGACUACCAUGGAUAUUUAACACAGGAUGAACAAAUAAGCACUGAAGAUGUUAAUGAAAGAAGAUAUAAAUUCAUUCGUGCUAAAUGUUAUGACAUACACUGUACUGUACAGUAUGACACAGGUAAAGUACCAGAAGCAUUUGGUUAUAACAAUGAAAUUUAUGCUUCAUACUUCUUUGUUAACGGUGUAUUAGUUGAACCAAGAUUUACUUUGAGAGUUAAGGCAAAAAUAACUUUUGAAGAUGCUAUUAAAAGUAAAGCUGACAAAGAUGAACUUGACGCAACGAACAAAGUUUUGAAAUCUCAUAAACACAAUAUCUCCGAUAUAAAUGAACUUCAAGCUACAUUAAAUAGUAAAGCUGACAAGAACCAUACACAUGAAUCCUUCACUACU